AUGGUCCUUCAAGACCUGGGACGGCGCAUUAACGCCGCCGUCAACGACCUAACAAGGUCAAACAAUGUCGACGCACAGGCAUUUGAUGCGAUGAUCAAAGAGAUAUGCGCCGCCCUCCUAUCAGCCGACGUCAACGUUCGCCUCGUCCAGUCCCUCCGCAAAUCCAUAAAAGCCGCUGUGCCAUUCUCUUCCCUUCCACCAGCUGUAAAUAAGAAACGCUUAAUACAAAAAACUGUAUUUGAUCAGCUGGUGGCUCUGGUGGAUCCCCAUGCGGAGCCAUUCAAGCCAAAAAAAGGGAGGUCGAACGUGAUCAUGUUUGUUGGCCUACAGGGUGCGGGCAAGACCACAACAUGCACGAAGCUGGCUAGGCAUUAUCAGACUCGUGGUUUUAGAGCUGCUCUUGUUUGUGCAGAUACCUUCCGUGCCGGUGCCUUCGAUCAGCUCAAGCAGAACGCGACGAAGGCAAAAAUUCCGUACUUUGGCAGCCUGACACAGACAGAUCCCGCUGUGGUUGCCGCAGAGGGAGUGGCGAAGUUCAAGAAGGAGCGUUUUGAUAUCAUCAUUGUCGAUACAAGUGGUAGACAUAAGCAGGAAGAAGAUCUGUUUGUAGAAAUGACACAAAUUCAAACCGCCAUACAACCGGAUCAAACCAUCUUGGUUCUUGACGGCACCAUCGGACAAGCCGCGGAAUCGCAAUCCGCCGCGUUCAAAGCUGCAGCAGAUUUCGGUGCUAUAAUUAUCACCAAAACUGACGGCAACGCCGCUGGUGGAGGCGCGAUCUCCGCAGUCGCUGCAACCCACACCCCCAUUAUAUUCCUGGGCACAGGAGAGCACAUGCUAGAUCUCGAACGAUUUUCUCCAAAACCAUUCAUCCAAAAACUCCUGGGCAUGGGCGAUAUGGCCAGUUUAGUCGAACACGUCCAGGCCGUAACGAAGGACUCCGCAACCGCCAAAGAAACGUACAAACACAUCUCAGCCGGCAUCUUCACGCUGCGCGAUUUCCGCGAGAACAUCACCUCCAUCAUGAAGAUGGGACCCCUCUACCAGAGAUCUCCAGCAUGA